AGAGAAACGAAACUUAAAUCGGGCAGGCUAAUGGAGGAGGAGAGCGGGACGGCUUCAGGGAGGGGUUCACUCGGGCUCUACACGAUGCCAAGCUCCGGUAGCAGACACGGUGGAGCUCCGUCAUUCUCCGCGAUAGUACAACCUGUAUGAACAGCAGCCCAUCUCACGACACAUUCAAACAAAGUUGGAUAUCUCAGACUUUGAUGGAACCAAAUUCUCUCAAAGGUCCGUUAGUCAGCGCCUAAGUUUAUCGGACUUGGAACUGAAUCAGGGUCUGUUGUGACUGGCUUAAUUCAGAAAACACAACUGAUUAAAACUCUGAGCACAUUCCCACAAUCCAUUAAAAUGUUUGAAUCCAGAGGCUGACUUUAGCAUUAUGAAUGUAUCACAAUGUCAGCUUAUGAAUCCAGACUUGCUCGUCUUCUAUCAACACAUGAACUCAAACUUGUAUGCACUAAGUGCUCUGUCAAGGAGAAAGAAAUUACAUAUAAGUUAAAAUCAGACCUCCACCAUUGUGCACGCGAUCUCCUGCUAUGCAGAGUUAAAGAUGGCAGCAAAUGGAGACCUGUUUCUAGGCGGCCCACAUUUCCAAAUCCCAGUCAGUAUAAAGUAUGUUGCUUCUUUGUGGAGGGCUCUGGUUGCACAUACCACAAAAACCGGUGCACCUUUGCCAGAAGUGAUGAAGAAGCUGCCGUUUGGAACUUUGAAAAGCAUGACAGAUUAGACCAUGUGUUUCUCUGUAAACUUAUAUUCCAGUCCGAUGGAGCAUCUGAGCCGUCUGAUAAUUCUGAACCUACGGGUGACCUCUUGCCAACUCUAGAUUUGAAGGCUGUGUGUGAGCUUUGUUCCAUCAAGGAGAAGGAAAUAACACACACAGUUCACUCAGUUACCCACCAGUGCAGUAGAAAUCUGCUUUUAGCCAAAGAAAAAGCCUCGAGCCAAUGGAGGCCUAUCUCUGAACGGCCUACAUGUGCAUACAUUGGUCAAAAUGCUCUUUAUCAAGUGUGUAAGUUCUUGGUUGAGGGCUCUGGUUGUACACAACACGGACAGAAAUGCACGUUUGCCAGAAGCUAUGAAGAGGCCACUGUAUGGAACUAUCUUAAAGACAACCACAUUGAUAAAGAGGAGUUAAUCCGACUUGUAAUUGAGUCUGAGCCUAUUCCAUUAACACCAGAAAGCGCAGCUGAAAGCAUACUCCAACAAUUUUCAGGUGAAUUCAUUGAGGUCUGCAAAGACUGCUUUCAUGAUCGUCCACAAAAAAUAACAGCCAAAAGGUGGAAUUCUACUUGCUCAGCAGAUGCAGCACACACCUGGGACCCAGUCUUAGUUCAUCACCUAUCAGAGAAUAGUAGGAAGCACAUUUACAGCCAGGUGCGCCCGCUUCACCAGGACUGUGAGUUUAAGUACUGCAGUCAUGUCAGGCAAGGCAAGCCCUGCUGGCAUGAGGCCGGCCACUGCCGAUCUGCCCAGAGCGAGGUGGAGAUGGCCGUGUGGAAAGGCGAACACAGUGGGCUCUCUCUUCGGCCUCAUCUCCUCCAAUUGAGCCGGGGGGAGCAGACGGAGCCCAGACUGGUCACCAUGUACUGCAAAGUUUGCCUCCUGGCCCUUUCCUCCCCAGAGAGCUUCUACAAGCACUGCUCCUCUUUGGACCAUGCCCAGUUACUCUUUGAGGACACCGUCACCAAGUGGAGAGGACGACAGCCUCCACACAACAACCGAUCUGAUUUUUGGCUGUGUGAAAGACCACAAACAUGCGAGUAUGGAAACAAGUGUCCAAAAGCUCAUUCUGUGGACGAACUGCAGGAGUGGUUGAUGCGCGCUGCAGAGGAGAAGGAGAUCAGACAUAACAUUGGGGCCCAAGGGCUCAUGUGCUACAAUGAAAGGCUCUUGGAGGAGUACAAAAACAGCAGUAAUGAAGUACACAUUAUUUCAGAAGACGUUGAUGACGUCAGCAUCUCCUGUGAUGAAGAUUUAACUGUGGAGUGUGAACAGACCAAUGCAACACUGCAGUGGAACUUCCAAGUGGAAACAGAGAGACACCUUGUGCACGUGGCGCUGCUAAAGCAGGAACCAGGAGCUUCAUUCACCCUUGGUGACUUAAGUGCUGUGCCCUGCAUCUACUCCUCAGGUGAACACUUUCUCAGUAAAGACAUGACCUAUGACAUCACUGUGUCUUUCACAUCCAUGACCCCAGGCCUGUACGACCAGUGGUUAGUGCUAGAUUUUGACAUGAGACCAGUGCUACUGAAGAAACUCAGAGUAAGACUAGGCCAGCAGCCAUUGAAGGACAUUGAACAACCAAUUGUGAACCGUGGAGCCACCUUACAAAGUGCUGAGCGUUGGCAUCGAGGGAACAGGGUUUUUAUCCCUUGUUCGUCCAGGACAGAAGAACAGGAGGAGCUGUUAAAAGAGUACAAGCCUCCUCAGAUUAACAUUCUGUAUAAGUCCUCCUACAACAGCCAAGAACCUUUGAAUAAUGACAACUACAAAGAAAGAAUGCACCACUUCCUGUACAACGAGGAACGAGCGGAGGACCAGAUUGUUUCAAGACUGAAUGUUUGUGGAGAAAUUACAACAAUGGAUACGUUGAACAGCACAAGGUUUGGCAUGAUGAUGGCUCCUCAGGGAGAACUCUUCUGCGCUGUCUCGAUUCCUUGUAAUCUCACACCAGACACCCCUGAGGGACUGGUUCUUAAACGAAGCAUCCAGUCUGGCCUGAUAGCACCUUUAUCUUCAAGAGGUCAAAACUCCAAGGUCUAUGAGGCCAUCAUUUUGAAGGACACCACAAGUGAGCACCAAAUGUAUUUGCAACUGUCUAAAAAAUGUUGCUCUGAUCUUACACUCAAAAGCAAUGAAUCGUACCAAAUGGAAGUGCAGUUUCAGCUGAAUCGCCACAGCUUCUGCCACAUGCACAAUGCCAUAGACCUCCUUCCUGAUACAAAAAGAGUGCUACCAGACCUUAAAAACUGUGAAGUUCCUGUGAAUAGCAUUCGUUAUGAGAAGCUGAAUGCACAGCAGCAGGCAGCAAUUGACUUUAUAACCGGUAAUUCUAAUGUCCAAAAACACGUGGCACCACUCCUUAUCUAUGGACCAUUUGGAACUGGCAAAACCUUCACCCUUGCUACAGCAGCCAGAGAGCUUUGUAAGCAGCCUCACAACAAAGUGCUCAUUUGCACCCACACCAACAGUUCUGCAGAUUUGUACGUCAGAGAUCACUUCCAUCCAUUCAUCAACAAGAAAAAGGAUGUAAUAAGGCCAAUUCGAAUAAAAGCAAACAAACAAGGGAGUGCUUUCUUGGCCACAGAUGAGAUAACUUUAAAAUACUGUUUGCUUUCAGAAGAUGGACAGAAUUUUUUACAACCCACAAAAGCUGCCCUUGAUCGCUUCAAAAUAAUCAUAACCACCACAACAAUGGCAAGACAUUUCCAUGACCUAAAGCUCCAAGAGGGAUACUUCACCCACAUACUUAUUGAUGAAGCCUCUCAGAUGCUAGAAUGUGAGGCCUUGAUGGCCUUUGGUCUUGCUGGGCCAAACACCAGAGUUGUUUUGGCUGGAGAUCACAUGCAAAUGGGACCCAAGCUUUUCUCAGUUGACGAUCAUCACCGUUCAAAUCACACACUCCUUAAUCGCUUGUUCCAUUACUAUCAAGGCCAAAAGUGUGAUGCUGCCCAGAAUAGUAGAAUCAUUUUCAGUGAAAACUACCGAUCAACCAAAGAAAUUGUGGAGUUUGUGUCCACCCAUUUCUACGUUGGUAAGAAUGAUGUUAUCAAAGCCACUGGAAAUAUUCCGGCCCCUGAAAAUGGCCAUGCCCUAAAGUUUCACCAUGUUAGGGGAGAGUGUCUUUUGGACACUGUAUCAAUGUCUUGGUUUAACAAAGAAGAGGUUGCCAAAGUGGUUGAAGCAGUGAAAGAGGUUCUCGAAUACUGGCCAUUGACCUGGGGGACCAAGGAACAAAGGUCGAUCUGCGUUCUAUCAGAAGGAUGUCAGGUUUGGCAAAUUAGGACAGCACUUAAAAGAAGAAGACUUGCUGAAGUUCAUGUUGAGAAUCUUGCAAAUGUGCAAGGCAAACAGUUCAGAGCAGUCAUAAUGACUGCUGUGCAAACACGUGACAGCCUACAAACAUCUCACCUGCCUGGUUUGGAGCUGUUCAAUGAUGCCCGUGUGUUAAACACUGCAAUGACUAGGGCUCAGUCCCUUGUGGUUGUGGUAGGAGAUGCUGCUGCCCUCUGUUGCUUUGGAAAAUGUUCAAGAGUCUGGAAGAGCUACAUAGAUCAUUGCAUCGACAAUAACAGUGUUGCACCACAGCAUUUCACCAAAGAUUUCUUUGAAAAAGAUCUUAUGGAAACUGCAAGAUUUCAAAAGUCUGAACAUGUGGAUGAAAGCAUCACUUCCAACGAUGCAAUUCUGCAAGAGUUGAAAGAUAAAUAUGAACAGUUGGAAACAGAAUGUAGUUCAGAUGAAAUCAUAUUAAAGUCAAGAUCAUCAUACAAUACCAGUGAUGUUGAAACAGAACUUUUAGAGUUGUGUAAAAAACAACCAGAGAUAUAUAUGCAAGGAAAGUUGGUCAGGGAGUCAUAUAACAGAGGUUAUGUCAUACCAUCUCACAACCCUGCUAGACGUAUCAGCAUCACAGGAAGGGCAAACCUGGGUAAAGGCUUCACUGGAGACGAAGUGUUGUUGCAGACAGCAAAGGUGGUCAGCAUCACCAAGGAAGCUGCAUCAGCCCGUGAACUUGUGUGUCUGCUUGAAGAUGAGGAUCACAGUAAACCAAGACAGAAUUUUGAAGACAAAUUUGUCAGAAGGACGAUGAUACCCAUUAAUAAAUCUGCACCCAAAAUACGCAUACUGAUCAUCAAGGAAAGACGGAACUUCCUUCCAGUAUGGGAGCAAACUAAUGGACAGUGGACAAUUUCACGAAAUGAACGUCUUGAUGAAAAGUUCAAAGAAAACAAUGUAUUUGUAGUGCAAGUGAUUGGCUGGAGAGAAAAUUGUCAUCUUCCAUUGGGGAAAGUUAUAGAUAUUCUUCCAAUUGGAAAUUCUUUGGCUAAUGGACUAACAAUCCUGAAUGAAGAAUUCAAAGUUGCACCCAAUACAUUAAAAUCAGAUGAGGCUCUCUCCAAAGAUGAUGAUUGGAUUGACAGAAAAGACAUGAAAAACAUAUUCACAUUCACUGUUGAUCCAGAAAACGCAGAAGACUUGGAUGACGCAAUCAGUGUCAGGGAAAUUGGAGAUCAGUAUGAGUUGGGAGUUCAUAUUGCAGAUGUGGCAAGCUUAUUGAGUCCAGGUGGUGAAUUAGAUGAGUUUGCAAAACAACGUGGUGCUACAUAUUACUGCAGAAAAGAAAACCCUAGGCAUAUGUUCCCACAAGACUUGAGCACCGAACACUUCAGUCUUCUGUUUGGCCAAGUUCGCAGGGUGGUUUCAUUAAUGAUCAAAGUAAACAAGGAAACACAUAAGGUCAUUGAAAAGCCCAAAUUCCAGCUGUCAUUGAUCAGGUCAGACAAACAGUUGUCUUAUGAGGAGGCAGAGGUCAUGAUCACCAAAAGAUAUAGAGAGACACCUACAUUUGACACCGUUGAGGACUGUGUCACAGUGGCUUAUUGUUUUGCAAUAGCUCAAAGGAAGAUUCGACUUGGAGUGGACUGGGCUUAUUCUCAACCUGAUGAUCAGAGAUUGCCCGGAAAGCGCAAAGCCCAUCUGAUGAUUGAAGAGCUGAGUGUGUUAUUCAACACACUUGCAUCUGAGAGGUUGAUUGAUUCAGAGAAAACCAAGUAUUGCACACCCCUUCGCUGUCAGAAAAAACCCGAUCUAGAAAAGAUAGAAGAAUUCAAGGAGAAAUGCGGGGAUAUGAUACCACUGUCUUUUCAUGUACGGCACAAAGUUGACCAUGAGGAACAAGCCCAAAACAGUCAACACUUUCGUAUACUCACGGAAGUGUGGGAAGAUAUCCAGUCAGCUGCCAGAACAGAUGAUAUCGACAAAAUGGUGGACCUUAUUGCUGCAGAUGACAUCUACCCUUUGCUCCAGCCGGUCAUUGACCAGUUCAGAAGGUGCUCUAGUAAAUCUAAAGUCCUGUGUUCAAACUCCUGUCGAGAAGCACAAGUUGGUCAUUAUUCUCUGAAUGUAAGAUCGUACACACAAGCAUCCUCGCCAAUACGGCGGUACAUGGACAUCGUUUUGCAAAGACUUUUGCACUCCGUCAUAUGUAACAGGGAUGUCCAAUACACUGUAAACGUGAUGAAGACUUUGUGCGGUCAAUUUGAGGAAAACAUCAACAAAGCCAAGGAGUAUGAACAAAAGGCUGAGCAAAUCUCCUAUGCAGUGAGCAUGAGAAAAGAAAGUGCUGCAAAGCUAGCCUUUGUUGUUAAUCCCAGGAUAGACAGUUUUGCAGUGGCAUUUCCUUUUAACAAGAACAUGUUUGCAGGGAGUUUAUCAAUUAUGUACAAAGAUUUACAAUUGUGCGACCAACCAACUUAUGAUGGAGCAAAUGACUGCAUUACUCUUAAAUGGAAAAGGCGAAUCUACGCAGUUGACAGCAUGCAGAUCCACCAAGAGUUGAACAUUCCAGACUGUGGUCCCUGCAUUGAGCUUCCACUAACAAUGUGGAAAGCCACUGUGAAAGCAAUUGAUGAACAAAACUGGGAUCAUGUCAAGUUUCUUACAUUGCAACUGAAAAAUCAAAAUAUUCUACCACAGUCAUCUAAGGUGCCUCAAUCGGAGACUAACUCAUGUACCUUAAAGGAGCAUGAGACACAAAUGGAGCAUGAGGUUGACAUUGAGCUCCAGUUGCAGAGAGGUGACACCCUUCAGAUCCAAAUGACAACUGAGUUAAAAAGAGGUUACAACACACCUGCUGUGCAAUUGGUGCGCAUUAAACCAAAGUUUGAGAUUUGUGUGCAUCAUGUCCACAGCCCUAUUACAUGCUUCUCCAGAUCUGCAGAUGAUCCAUCAAGGAUUUAUUACAGUGACACUGAGGAGUAUGUACGCAUAUGGAAACCAUUGUGUGAGAUGGAAUCUGCUUCCUCUGCUGUGGAUGAAAGUCACAGCAUAGUCAUCGAGAACUUGGUAGUAAGCUUCAGUCAAGAACAAGAAGGCAUACUAACAGGAAGCUUCUUCUUACCUCUGGCAUGGAUUAAUGAAUGGGCCAUUGAAUGUAACCUUUCAAAGUGCUUUCUGUGCAUACGUAAAAGAGGUCUGACGGUGACUCCAAACCUGGAGCUUUCUGCACCAAUGGACCCAAAAGAGUUCACUUGGGUGGCCCAUGGUGUCACAAGAAAAGUAGAUCAAAAGAAAAAAACGGGAAAUGAAGGAACUAAAGUGGAGUUCUAUGUCAAUCACCUGCCGAUGGAGACCUUUCCUGAAUGUGUCUUUCAGAAAAACACUUGUUACACAGUUGAAAUAAUUCCAAAGCUCGUGCCUGACAUCCGGAAAGAAAGCGCUGUGACCAGUAUUACAACUGCAUGUGAUCUUGUCAAGACUAUAGCACUUGGAAAACACAUUCUAAAAGAGGUGUGUAAUGAGCCCCAACCAAUGAGGCACAUCCUGAGGAAAGAGCUACCGAAUGUAUUGCCAACCUUUAACGAGAGUCAGUAUCGUGCUGUGGAGAAAGCUCUAAACAAUACCUUUACACUUAUACAGGGACCUCCUGGAACUGGAAAGACAGUAGUAGGUGUGUACAUAGUGUACCGUUUCUUUGAGCUGAACUCUAAGAACCCAAGGAUAGUUGAUCAACCAAUGGAUGCCAACAAGAAACAAGUCAUUCUCUACUGCGGCCCAUCCAACAAGUCUGUUGAUGUUGUUGCAGAAUACCUGUUGAGGUUUGCGGAAAGACUAAAUCCCCUCAGGGUCUACAGCCAACAAGUGGAGAUGCUUGAUUACCCUUAUCCAGACUGCGCGCUUCAGUUUUCCCAGAGGUCACUUCGCCAAGAACGUGCCAAAUCAGAGCUAAGGAGCAUCACUAUGCAUCACCGCAUGCGAGAGGACCACAACCCUUCUUCAAGAGAAAUUAGAGAUUUUGAUCGACGCAUUAAACUUGCCCUUGAGAAAGAAGGAGAAGAUCUAACUGCGGAAGAGGUGAAAGAAUACAUAAACCUUCUCAAAGCUGCGCGGACAUAUGAGCUUGAACGCCAUGACAUAAUACUGUGCACAUGUACACAGUCUUCCAACCCGAGUUUGACUAGGACAGUCAGUGCACGUCAGAUCCUCAUUGAUGAAUGUGGAAUGGCCACUGAACCCCAGGCCCUGAUUCCAUUAGUCUGCAACAAACCAGAAAAGGUUGUCUUGAUUGGUGACCACAAACAGUUACGACCCAUUGUAAAGAAUGAGCGUGUGAGGAAGCUGGGGAUGGCCAAGUCUCUGUUUGAACGCUACUAUACAAUGCACAAGAGUAGGGCAGUAAUGCUGGACACCCAGUACAGAAUGCAUGAAAACAUAUGCAAGUUCCCGUCAGAAGAAUACUAUGAGGGAAUGCUGAAAACUGGGGUGGAUCAGCCAAGCAGCGUCCUGCGUGUUGAUGCCAAGACGAUGCCAAUCGUUUUUGGGGACAUCAAAGGAGAGACCAUCAGUCUGGUUGUCAACACAGCCAAGGGCAACGAGAACUCCAAAGCAAACCAGAAAGAGAGAGACAAAGUGAUUGACAUUGCUGAAAAGCUGGUGAAGAAUGCAAAAAUCAAAGAGCAAGAUAUUGUGAUUCUGUCACCCUAUAAUGCACAAGUGUCUGAAAUCAGAGAUGAGCUGAAGAAGAAGGGAAUGACUCAAAUCAGCGUUACCACAAUCACCAAAAGCCAAGGAAGUGAAUGGCGUUACGUCAUCAUAUCUACGGUGUGCUCUCUGCCAAGUGAAGAGAUUAAUAGAGAACCAGAUGGAUCUUGGCUGUCCAAACAUGUGGGCUUUGUAGGUGAUCCCAACCAGAUAAAUGUGGGCAUCACCAGAGCCAAAGAGGGACUUUGCAUUAUUGGAAACCAAGAGUUGCUGAGCUGCAGUGGCCCUUGGAAAAAGCUCCUGGCCCACUACUAUCUUAAUGAUGCAGUGACUAUUGCAGACAACAUUUCAGUGUGCUGUCCCACAUAGCUGAUCUAAGAGAGACUUGAUUUCUACAA